CCAUCUGGAAGAAACCUCAGCCCCUCCUCUCCUAAUUAGCUUAAUUUUCUUCCAGCUCAUCAAAUUUCUCUCCGCUUUCUGUGACAAAAAUACACUUUGGCUGUGACGCCGCUUCCUCACUGGAUAAUGUUUAUAUAAACAAUAUUUUAAAUUUCAAAUUUGGAAGGCUUAAUCUUAACCUGCCAUUCUGAUUCCGUUUGGGGUUCCUGCCGAUUCUCUCUGCUAACGUCAAUGCAGACCGAAGGUUUUUCUGCCUGACAACUCAGAUAUGGCGGAGGACCCCAGCAACCCUUCACCGGCGAUCGCCGAAAUAACGCCGGAUAUUAAUUUAUUUGACAAAUACGAGUUGGGGAAGCUGCUGGGUUGUGGAGCCUUCGCCAAGGUUUACCAUGCAAGAAACGUCGUUACCGGCCAGAGCGUGGCUAUUAAGGCCGUCAGCAAGCAGAAGGUCAUGAAGGGAGGCUUUAUUGGGCAAAUUAAGAGGGAGAUUUCUAUCAUGCGCCGAUUGCACCACCCUCGCGUCGUCAAGCUGUUGGAGGUUUUGGCCACCAAAACUAAGAUUUAUUUCGUCAUGGAGUUCGCUAAAGGUGGUGAGCUUUUUGCCAAGGUUGCAAAGGGGCGUUUCAGCGAAGAUCUCAGCCGUAAGUAUUUUCAGCAGCUUAUCACAGCCGUGGGAUAUUGUCAUGCCAGAGGCGUGUUUCACCGCGAUUUGAAACCCGAGAAUCUCCUUCUCGACGAGAAUUGGGACCUCAAGGUUUCUGAUUUCGGUCUCAGCGCCGUCAACGAUCAGAUCCAAUCGGACGGUCUGCUCCAUACCCUCUGCGGGACUCCAGCUUACGUUGCACCUGAGAUUCUCGGCAAGAAAGGCUACGAUGGUGCUAAGGCGGAUGUUUGGUCAUGCGGCGUCAUCUUGUACGUUCUCAUUGCUGGUUAUUUACCGUUCAAUGACACUAAUCUCAUGGUUAUGUAUCGGAAGAUCUACAGAGGCCAGUUCAGAUUCCCGAAAUGGACGUCUCCGGAUCUACGGCGUUUCCUUUCUCGGCUUCUCGAUGCAAAUCCCGAGACUAGGAUAACCGUCGAUGAGAUUCUCCGGGAUCCAUGGUUCAAACAGGAUUUCAAAGGGAUAGAAUUCCAUUUAGAGGAUUCUGAUUUGAAGAGACAAGAAAACCACAAGAGCUUGAACGCUUUUGACAUCAUCUCCUUCUCAUCAGGUUUUGAUUUAUCCGGCUUGUUCAAUGACUGCGAUAUUUCGGCCUGCAAUGAACGGUUUGUAUCCUCCGAGUCACCGGCGAAGAUAAUAGACAGAAUAGAAGAGAUAGCCGAGGCAGAGAACGUGAAAGUGACAAAAAACAGAGAUUGUGGAGCUAAACUGGAAGGAAUUGACGGGACGUUUGUCAUGGCCAUCGAAAUUUACCAAUUAACUGAGCAAUUGGUUGUGGUAGAGGUGAAGGGAAAGGAAAUGAAUGCGAAACCAGGCCAAGAAAUCUGGAAAGACAAAUUAAGGCCUAAGCUCGGAAGCUUGGUUUACGAGGCGGCACCUACUGCCUCCGGUGAAUGAUUAUCGGAACGCUUGAGGGCAAAUUAAAAUUAUAAACCGGGUUCAUGUAUAUAUUUAUUUUUUCCCGGGGAUUAAAUCAGAGCUUUUUAAUGAAGCUUUGUAUUGUAUGUAUGAUUUUUCAAGCAUAUUUGUGAAGGAUGGUACAAAAUUAGCUGAAGGAAACUGCUCUCUGGUUUAUGCAAAAUCUGCAGGGGUACAGUUUUGGUAGGCUUUUUGUUUUUUUUCCCCUUUGAUUCCUGCAUGCAAAUUAGCAGAUUGGAAGCGAGGCUGGUGUUCUUGGCUGGUUGGGCUGCUGCAUUGCUGCUGAAUUGCAGUCGUGGGUGGUGUUAGUUUGGGUGGCCAGGGGGCUUUUGUUGUUUUUAAUCUGUGUUUGUGUAUAGGUUUACCGUGCUUUUCAGUUUUAGCAGUCUGGAUUCUAUUGCAAAGCUCUCCUCUAUAUUUCAAUAAAAAUUUAAUUAAUAUUAUGAUAGU